UUUGUUGUUGUUGCUGUGGUUGAAUUUCAUUUAGUGGCGAAUGGUUUGAUUUUGCUGCGAUAAUAGAAAAAUGCUUUAUGGUUCGUGUCAAUGUGCAAACUACUUUGUUCGUCUGCGUAUGCUUUCUAGGAAUUAUUUGCCAAAAGUUGGACUUUAUCUUCAGAGUCAAACCAAAAACUCUAGUCGGAAACGACUGCAUCAAUAUUUGCACUCGUGUGAUAUUGUAGAAGCUCAACCGAUCCUUCAUGAGUUUCUUUCAGAGCUACUUUGUAUACUAUCCAAAUGCAAGCUGUUUGCACAAAAUGUGAAGUUUCCUUUUCACUUUUUGACAGCUACAACUACCACUACUUUGAACAGCAUGACUUUCAGUGUGUUGGGAAAAAACAGUUCAGCAGCACUCUUGACGAGGCAAAUACUGUUAUACACAAGUCUCCUUGUUUCCCAUUCAUACCGUACUACUACUAUGCCUUUCAGAAACACUAUCAAUACUAGUUCCAACUUUAUCACUCUUACUACUCACAUGUUGUUUUAGACAUAUUUCACCCUCGGUAAACCCAGUAAUUCC